AUGAAGCGUAAGUAUUUUGGAAUCAACCGGAACACUGCCUAUAAGCGAAUCCGGCGCCUGAAGACGGCCUACUAUGCCGCAGCAGAGGCUGCCCAACAGGUUAAUGUUCCAACGACGUCUACUUUGCCAAGCGACUCUCCUGAAUUAGAAAUGCCUGAAUUAACGGCUGAGGGUUACACUGGUAGGUUUUUCCAUCAAUGUAGAAUAUUAGUGGGUGUAGAUUUUGCAGGAAGUCAAGAGCAUAUGACGGAAAAAAGGGGAAAAUCUUUUCUAUCAGAUUUACAAGAAUUAUGUCUGAACACGCGAAUGCCUCUAUCUAUGAUGAAGGCUAUGUUCGAUACGCUCCGGCCGUACCACCCAGAAGUCCCGAAGGACCCGCGAACGCUCUUGAAGACUCCCAGAACUUGUAGCAACAAGGUCCUAAGCAACAGGAACUAUGUCCAUCUGGGCAUUGAGCGGGCUUUGCUUUAUGAGGUAAACCGUCGUCAAACGACUGAAAUUCCUGAAAUGCGCAUCCAAUUGCACAUUGAUGGGAUGAGGUUGUUUAAAGGAUCGGGUCAAUGCCUUUGGCCAAUAAUAGCGCGAAUUAGUCACCCUGUAAUUGGUGAACCCUUCGUCGUUGGUGUAUUUUCCGGCUUUGGCAAACCCGAACCAGUGGACGGGUUUCUUCAUGACUGUGUUUGCGAAUUGAAAGGACUUCUUGAUGGUGGCCUGCGACUCCCAAGUACAGGGGAUAUUGUCAAAGUGGAACUAGCCAAUAUAAUUUGCGAUGCCCCUGCCCGCUCCUACAUCCGGCAAGUCAAGGCACAUAACGGAUACUAUGGAUGCGAUAGGUAGGUUUGUUCAUCUAGCUAUCCUAAACCACUCUAGGUGCUGUCAUCUUGGAAUUCCCAUUGCUAAGCGGAUGACAUUUCCGCCGGAUAGUGGGCGUCCUCGGGAUGACAUGUCCUUCCGGUUGCGAAAGCAGGCCAUGCACCAUAGGGGCAUACCACCAUUCGAGGAGUUACCCAUCGAUAUGGUUGCCUGCUUUCCCAUGGACUACAUGCACCUAGUAUGCCUGGGAGUAAUGCGUAAAUUGCUGCACAUGUGGCGCCUCGGGGUGAAGAAGUUUUCUGCGGCGCUCAAUGCGCGGAUUAAAAAGUGCAGCAAUUGUCUACCGACAGAAUUUGCUCGGAAGUGCCGAACUCUGGAUUGUCUGGAGUAUUGGAAGGCGGCCGAAUUCCGGCAAUUUCUCCUAUACAUCGGCCCGGCAGCCUUAAAUUCAUUUCUUGACCAGGAGCGCUAUCAGCACUUCCUGAAGCUGUCUGUUGCCGUGUAUAUAUUUUCCCAUCCCCGGUUACACAUUACGUGCAUUGACUUUGCACGCAUCUGGUCCACCUUCACGAAGAUGUAUCGCGGUUCGGAGUGCUAGAUAACUUCUCGGCUUUCCGCUUUGAGUCGUUUCUGCAAAACGUCCGCAGUUACAUUAAAGGACCGACAAACGUAGCCGCGCAGGUGUACAGGCACAUUAGUGAAAGGCGCCUGCCUGAGUUGUCCACAGGUCCCACGCUGUUGGACGACGAUGAGGGAGUGCCACGGUCUUUGCAGUUGCCCCGCAGCUCCAAAGCCAUGACACAACGGGUAUCUUUUGUCGACCCAAUCUUUAGACAAUGUGGUACUUGUCGGCGAUAGACCGUGCGUACUGACAUCUGUGUCGGCUACAGGCAUAGUUUACCGCCAGUUUGUCGAUUGCUAAGACUGCCUGGAUCCUGCAUUCCCUUCCUCAAAUUUACUCAUUUUUAAGGCCUCCCUUUUGGAUAGUAAACUUUCGAAUGCUUCUCUUGAUGACAUUAUUUGUAAAUACGUUGCGCUACACCUGGACGGUUGUUUUUUCCUUAUUCCCAUGUUGCAUACUUUUGAUAUUUGAUCCCCCACUUUUUACGUUUUGCAUCUCAUAGACAAUUUUCCGUUUUACAUUUUGUGGGCACUACUUAAAGAUGUAUGCGGUUGUUGAGUUUCUGAAUGAUAAAUCUGUGGUGGCAGUGCCGAAGUGUUGGUUCCACAGCGAUAACUGUGUGAUGUGGGUUAAGAACCACAAGCUAUGACAAACGGUUAUCGCAGGUGCAGCACGAUGUUGAAUGCGUCCGGUAGGUCUGCUCUGACUCUUGAUGACAUGCGAGUAGAAAGAAAGUUGAUUACGUUGCUGAGGAAAUCGUCGAACUACGGGCUGAUAUAACGCAGGUUAAAGCUACAAUGGCCGAAAUUUUAAAGGUCAUUCAGGAAUUACGUCAGCUAGCUGACGCGAGGCCGCCUUCACUGUAUUUGCCUCUGUGUACGAAGGAGGCUUACAAGGCAUUCGUCAGUGAGCUUGAGAACAAUGCUGGUUUCGCUCAAGACGCGGUAUGUCCAUAUACUGACACUUCUAUUAUUUGAAUGGAUUAUAGAUUAAACGUCUGGCGAUUACUGACGGGCGAAACGAGAAAGAGUUUGUCAGAAAUCUAUUAACCACUCUACUCGGCCACCCCCUAUGCCUCAGUUUCUGCUGGGGUGGAGCAAGAGAUAAGCAGGCCUUCGUCGACAGCCCCCUUUAUGGCCUUAUUAUUGGUAGGAUAUUUAUUUUUCCGUUUACUUAUUCAGCUGCAAUUCGUGAAAACGCCACCUUCUCAAAUUGCACCGUUGACACAAUUCGCAAGAGCACAGUUGAUUGGUUCUACGGUGCGCGUGACAGAUACGGUGGCCGAUCAAAGCGCAGAGACAAUACCACGGCAAAUACCACGGUAAAUUAA